AUGAGAGCCAGCAUGAGCUCUAGGAAGGAUGCCAAAAGGGAUGAACUCGUGGGAAGUCAGCAGCUUCAGCCAGCAAGGGGAGUCAGGCAGCUUCAGUCCAGCACGGGGAGUCAGGCAUACUUUAUCCAGCAGGGAAGUCAGGCAGGCUUCAGCCAGCGGGGAGUCAGGCAGGCUUCAGCCAGCAGGGGGAGUCAGGCAUACUUUAGCCAGCAGGGGAAGCCAGGCAGGCUUCAGCCAGCAGGGGGAGCCAAGCAGGCUUUAGCAAGCAGGGGGAGCCAGGCAGAAUUCAGCCAGCAGGGGGAGCCAGGCAGCUCAGCCAGGGGGAGCCAGGCAGGACUUCAGCCAGCAGGGGGAGCCAGGCAGGGCUUCAGCCAGCAGGGGGGAGCCAGGCAGACUUCAGCCAGCAGGGGGAAGCCAGCAGACUUCAGCGAGUCAGGACCGGAGCUCAGCCAGCGGGGAGCCAGGCAGGCUUCAGCGCAGCGGGAAGCCAGCGCAGGACUUCAGCCAGCAGGGGAGCCAGGCAGACUCAGCCAGCAGGGGGAGCCAGGCAGACUUCAGCCCAGCAGGGGGAGCCAGGCAGGCUUCAGCCAGCAGGGGGAGCCAGGCAGGCUUCAGCCAGCAGGGGGAGCCAGGCAGGCUUCAGCCAGCAGGGGAGCCAAGGCAGGCUUCAGCCGGCAGGGAGAGCCAGGCAGGCUUCAGCCGGCAGGGAGAGCCAGUCACUGCACUAUCGUCAGUCACCGCCCGGCGGCGCUGUUUGCCGAUCCCGCUAGUCUUGCUAUGUCGUCUGCUAGUUUUGCUACGUAA